UUUUAAAUAAUUUUAUCCUAUUUUCUUCUGGAUCUAAUGACAGAGAAUCAUAGCGAGGGGCUUGUAACUUGUGUUGAGGAAGAUAGAAUCAGUAACUUGCCUAAACACUUGAUAGAGUCAAUCUUAGAGGGACUUCCUGUUCCAGACGUUGUCAAGACAAGCAUUUUAUCAAAAAAGUGGAGGUACAGAUGGACCAAAAUGAGGGCGCUGGUUUUUGACAAGCAGUUCUUCAGAAAAUAUGCAAAAUACGGAGCUUUUGGUGGUAAUGGGUUUACAAGGAUCAUAAACAAAGUUCUGAUCCUUCACAAGGGUCCUAUCUCGAAAUUUCUUCUCCAUAUACCACCUAAAUAUGAGUUUGAUGAUAGUUUCGAAGAAGUUGAUCAAUGGAUGAUGCUCUUAUCAAGAAACGGAGUAAGGGAACUCAUUCUUACUGAUUCAAAUCAACGUUAUGAACUUCCUUCUUAUGUGUUUUCUUGUCUAGAAUUGACAAAGUUGAAACUGAGAAACUGUUUCUUUAAGCCACCACUUAAGAUUGAAGGAUUUCUCAAUCUUAAUGAUCUUGAACUCUGGAAUAUUGAUUUUAGGGCUAAUUUGUGUGGAACUCAGAUCAACCUACCACAGCUUAAGAAGUUGUCCAUGUCUUGGUGCACAAAUGUUUACAAUUUCAACAUCAAUGCUACAAAACUGCAGGCUUUGAUUGUCAUACGUUGUCCUGACGCCAUGUUACUUCGCUUAUUGCAGAGUCCAUACCUUACUCUGAUUUGUGUAUCUUUUCAGAAACCCAUAGAAGAUAAUGUACAAGUUGAAAAAACGACAUUGCCCAUUAUGUUAAGUAACUUGCGCAAAAUUGUAGUUUUAUAUCUCGACGGUUUUUUCUUUAAGGCUUUGAUUGCAGAAAAGAUUCCAAAAUGGCUUCCGCAUCCGGUCAAUAGUUUAAAGAGAUUGUUCUUUGUAGAUGUUAAACUUGAUGAUUUGGAUCAACUUCAUGGUGCUCUUUGUUUGCUUCGAAACUCCCCAAAACUAGAAAGUCUGUCUGUGAUGUCCUUCAACAUGAAUCCCCAAGCUAUUUAUUAUGAUGUGGAACCAGCUUCAAAUCAUUUGGAAUCCCCUAACUGUUUGGAUUGUAGAUUGCAUCGAUUGCAAACUGUGAAGAUAGAAUGUUUAGAAGGAUCAAAACCGGAACUGCUUUUUAUAAAGCUGCUUCUUGCUCAUUCCCCUUCUCUCCAGAAGUUUACCAUCACAACAAGUAGAGCUCUUAAUGCUAAAAAAAUAAUUGACAUCUGUAAGGAUGUUAUGCGGUUCCCUCGAGCAUCACGAAAAGCAGAAGUGAUCUACUCUAGUUAAACCUGUAGACAUAAUUUUUUAAGAAUGUUUAACAACAUUGUAAAGUAGGU